CGCGCCUCGCACGCUGAGGUAACGUUGCAAGUGCUGUCCCACCCGAGUCGCGUCCGGACGCUGUCGCGACACGGCGACAUGGCGAGCCGUCGUGCUGCCCAUCGAGGUGUGCCCUGAGAAGCAGACCACGGCCUCCGUAUUAUGGUAGUUAUUGGAGGCGGGGGGAGAGGCAGGACUUAUUUACCCGGUGUCGGUCGCGACUGUCGCCUGGCGAGUCGUGUCGGGGGCCUCUGCAUGAGGGAAGAAGUGGCCUGUGGGGAUGAGAAAAACUGAUAAAAUGGGGGAGACCACUGGCGGGGGAUCUGCAAAAAAAAAGUUUAAAUCCCAAAAUCGACAAGGGUCUUCCAGCAAAAAAAAGGGAACAGAUGGAGAAGGAAGAAAACAAGGUCAAAAAAGAAAGCAGGUCACUCAGACAGUCAAAAGGAAAGCUAAGGAACAUGGGGACUAUUCCCCUGCAGGAGAAAAAGGUUCUUCAAAAAAGGUGAAGCUAACCAGUGCUAAAAUACGAUCUUGGCAGACUCUCUCAGAGAGUAGUAGGCAGUUUCUGGAAACUGUAAUGGAUUCAGUAAUACUAUCUGUUUUGUGCCAACAAAGUGAGAGGAAAGAUGAUGUUCAGAAGCACCUCAAUUUGCUGAAAGACAGGGUGCUGAGAUUUUUCAAGACUUUAAAGGUACCUCCAGGGAAGCUGGGCAACCUGAAGAAUGUCCCGAGCCUUCAAAUGGCAGAGAAACAAAUGCUUGAGACAAAUGAAGAGUCUUUGGUACAACUGCAGGAAGAAAUAAAUGAAGCUGAGCGAUCAGCAGAACGCAUUGAAGAAACUAUACAGCAACUGCAGUACAAAAUCCAGGUGCUCAAGAGCCAGUUAGAGGAAGAUGAAAAAAAGGCCAGGAAGGUAUUCCAGGAAAAUGGCAGUGGAGCACUCCACCUUCCAGAACUGCCCAAGCGCAGCUUCCAGGCACCCACUUUGCAGGAAGAAAUUUUGAAGAUAAAAAACCAGAAAGGUCUUUUAAAGGAUAUGAACACUAUUCAGCAGUCAGCUGACUUGAAGAACAUGUUAACCCUCAUUGAAAAGACCUAUGAGAAGGUGGACUUCCUUUGAGAAACUGAAAUAUCUUCUUCAAAGGGGACUCCGUAUAACCUAAGCCAGCACUCUGUGUUAAUGUAGAGCAGCAGGGUGCUGGUCAUGGAAACAGCGUUCUCUUCCUAAUGGCUUUACUGUUGUGACUGCUGAAUUUCUGUUAACACAUUUUCUAUGAAUAUUGGUAUAUAAAUCUGUAGGUGCAUUCUGGGACUCUGGUGAUUUAAGUGAUGAGCGAUCAAGGUUUUCUGGGGGCGGUUUUUUGGACCUGUGGUGACUUCUAAUAAUGAUAUAUACUGUCUUAGGAGAAGGGAGGGAAAUGGAUCCUGGGCUUAUUUGGGCAUUUUUAUGGAAUAAGGCAAUCUAUUCCAUUGUAUUUGGAGUUUUAUAUCACAUCUGUAACGGUGAAGGCAGUAUCUCUUACCAAACUAACUUC